AUGUCCUUGGACGAGAAAGGUGGACAAUUUAUAACAGAAACACAUGUUACAACCACAACUACAAGUCAAGAAAAGGGAGCCUUCUAUCAGGCUGUUACUACUCGAUACAGUAAAGUAGAUCCGCAUUCGUAUUUACGCCAAGACGGUGAAAGUGCCAGGCAUUUUUGGUUUCGUCGUCUCGGUCAAAUUAAGCCUGUUGAACUAUUAUGGGGAGAUGCAGAACACUCUGAAUUAAAGCGUGCUUUAUCUGCUUUCCAGUUGAUCUUUGUGGGUAUCGGUGCCAUUAUUGGUACUGGUAUUUUUGUACUUUCAGGCCUAGCAGCUGCUAAAAACGCUGGUCCUGCUGUUACUAUCUCUUUCAUUAUUGCUGGUAUUGCUGCUGGGUUUGCUGCUCUCAGUUACUCUGAAAUGGCCUCUAUGAUUCCUGUCUCUGGUUCUGCUUAUACUUACGCCUAUGCUACUAUGGGUGAAUUUAUCGCUUGGACUAUCGGUUGGGAUUUGAUUCUUGAAUACAUGGUGGGUGCUGCCACUGUAGGUGUUGGUUGGUCUGGUUACUUUGUCAAAUUCUUUUCGGUUGUUUCCGGUGGUCGUAUCCAUUUUGCAGAAAGCUGGACACAACCUACUUUAACAUGGACCGAGAAUCCCGCUAGUAUUUCUUACACACCUGGACACUACUUUAAUGUUCCCGGCUUUGUGAUUAUCAUGAUUAUCACACUUAUUUUGGUUGUUGGCAUUCGUCAAUCUGCUGUGUUUAACACCAUCAUUGUCUCGGUUAAGCUUGUUGUGAUUCUCAUCUUUAUCUUUGCUCUUUGUGGUUUCAUGUACAGUCCUAAUUAUGAUCCUUACAUUCCUCCCAACACCACAGGCGAUUGGCACUUUUUCGGUGUACCUGGUAUCUUUGCAGCUGCCACAACUGUCUUCUUCAGUUAUAUUGGUUUCGAUAUUGUGACAACAGCUGCACUUGAAGCCAAGAACCCUCAACGUGAUCUUCCCAUUGGUAUCAUUGGUAGUUUAGUGAUCUCUACUGUUCUCUAUAUUGCUUUCUGUACCAUCAUGACUGGUGCUGCCAAAUACACUGAUUUCUUAAACUCGGCUACACCUGCUUCUGUGGCUGUUGAACAAGUCAUGCUUCGUACAGGCAAGAACUUUGAAUGGCUUAAUAUCUUGGUAGCCAUUGGUGCUAUUGCCGGUUUGACCUCUGUGUUGUUGAUCAACUUGAUGGGUCAAUCCCGUGUGUUCUACUCCAUGGCCCAAGAUGGUCUUUUACCUUCUCUCUUUGCCAAGGUUCAUCCUAAAUUCAAGACACCUUGGUUAGCUCAAUUGACUGUGGGUUUCAUUACUGCUAUCUUGUCUGCCAUUUUGCCUGUUGAUUUGUUGGGUAACAUGACGUCUGUGGGUACACUUUUGGCUUUCUUUGUUGUUCAUGCCGGUGUGAUUGUCUUGAGAUUCACUCGUCCUGAAGUGCCUCGUCGCUUCAAAAUUCCCGGUGGAAAAUACUUUUCUUUGAUCUUUCCUAUCAUUGGUAUGGGUAUUUCAGUCGCAUUGAUUGCUGUUGCUGAAGUCACUACGAUUUGGCGUCUGUUUAUCUGGAUGGGUAUUGGUUGGGUCCUUUACUUUGGUUAUGGUAUUCGUCAUUCUCGGUUCAGAAGAGACCCUGUAGCUCGUUUUGCUGAGGGUGAAUCUAAGGUGCCUGAGGAUGCUGAACAUGAUGAAGCUGGUAUUCAAGUCCAAGAAUACGAAUACAUUCCCAAUGCUUAUCUUCAAGAUCCUGCCUCUCAUCAUGCUUAA